CCGAGAUUAGUCCUUAAACGAACGCAUUCACAUUUGUCUGUGUAGUGGACGCCCUUUGCGCGCAGAACGAAGAUGUGGGGAACUGCUGAAUUAGUUUCAAGCUCGCUGGGGAAGUGUGACUUCUGAAGCGCCAACAGCAGCAUCAGACCUCCAGGAAUCCGGCGGAGGCUGUGUGUGAGAGCGUGUGUGUGAGCGAGUGCGUGUGUGUGUGGUUGAUGUUUUUCAGCACCACGGACAGCUCCUGGCGCGCGGCUCAGCUGUACGCGGCUCAAACUCACCUCCUUCCCUCCAUCCGUCCAUACAAGCCCUCAGUCCCAAUUCCUUUAAGAUUAAAUCAAGAUUUCAGGAUAUGCGCGAGGGUCAUUUAGACAUUUCUCUGCUCAGCUGCCCUGGAAACUGAGGCACCCUGCACAGGCUGUUAUCUCCAAACACUCUGAAGAAGGGAAGAACAAGGAGGAUAGCAACGAUGCUGUAAAUGGCCUCUGUCAGAAUAAAAACACUUGUGCUGUAAUAUUUGCCGGUGCUGUUGUGCCUUAUUGGUCAUUCCUCUUAUUGAAGCAGUCAUCAGAAGCUUAACAGGCACUGACCAGAACCAACAGACAGGACAGUGUCCCAUUUGUGUCCAGGGAUAUGUCACUGGGGAAAUCCCCUGUGUUGGGGGUGCGCCCUGUGCCCCGACCCCUCCGGCUGUCCCACCUCAGCCUGCUGUGCAUGUGUGUGUCUUUCUUAGCUCAGACUCCCCAGGGUUUGCCUGCGGUGGGUUAUAACACUGACUCCAAGAAGGAGAUCACCCUGGAUGGAGAUUUGAUGAUUGGCGGCCUGUUCCCUGUGCACCAGAAGGGUGAGGGGGCAGAGGACUGUGGGAAGAUCAAUGCCCAGAGAGGGAUACAGAGACUGGAGGCCAUGCUGCUUGCAUUAGAUGAGAUUAACAAAGAUGAGCGCAUCCUUCCUGGGAUCAAACUGGGAGCCCAUAUACUGGACACAUGUUCCAAAGACACCUACGCUCUGGAGCAAUCCCUGGAGUUUGUCAGGGCCUCUCUAACCAAAGUGGAUGACAGCGAGUACACGUGUCCUGACGGAUCCUACGCAAUUCACGACGACGUCCCCCUGGCCAUCUCUGGGGUCAUAGGAGGCUCCUAUAGUGAUGUCUCCAUUCAGGUGGCAAACCUGCUGCGACUUUUCCAGAUCCCUCAGAUCAGCUACGCUUCAACCAGUGCCAAACUGAGUGACAAGACCCGUUAUGACUAUUUUGCCCGCACCGUGCCUCCAGACUUCUAUCAGGCCAAGGCUAUGGCGGAGAUACUUCGGUACUUCAACUGGACGUACGUGUCGACCGUGGCCUCAGAGGGUGACUAUGGGGAGACGGGCAUCGACGCCUUCCAGCAGGAGGCUCGUGCCCGGCAGAUUUGCAUCGCCACUUCGGCCAAAGUGAGCCGCUCCAUGAGCCGCUGGAGUUAUGAGAACGUGAUCCGCUCUCUUCAGCAAAAGUCCAACGCCAAGGUGGUCAUCCUGUUCACGCGCAGUGAGGACGCCCGUGAGCUGCUGGUGGCAGCCAACCGCAUGAAUGUCACUUUCACCUGGGUGGCCAGUGAUGGCUGGGGAGCGCAGGAGAGCGUGGUGAGGGGAAGUGAGGCUGUGGCCGAUGGAGCAUUCACCAUCGAGCUGGCCUCCUAUCCAAUCCCCCACUUCAAUGAAUACUUCACAUCCCUGCACCCGUACAACAACACAAGGAAUCCCUGGUUCAAAGAAUUCUGGGAAAACCAGUUCCAGUGCAGCCUCCAUGACCUGGGAUGUGGAAAACACUCGCUUCGCGACGUUCCGUUUCAGCCAGAGUCCAAGAUCAUGUUUGUUAUCAAUGCUGUCUACGCAAUGGCUGCUGCUAUACAUAACAUGAGACAAGCGUUGUGUCCCAACUCCACAAACGUAUGUGACGCUCUGAAACCUGGCAAUGGCCGAAAGUUUUACAGAGACUACAUACUCAAGGUCAAGUUUGAUGCACCCUUCCGCCCCCCUGACACAGAGAAUGUAAUCCGUUUUGAUGCCUAUGGAGACAGUCUUGGUCGCUACAACAUUUUUCACUACCACAAAGAAGGCGGACGCUAUGUCUAUCAGAAAGUUGGCUACUGGGCACAAAGUCUGACUUUAAACACCAGCUUGAUCCCCUGGGCUGGCCAGGUUGUGCCUACCUCACAAUGUAGUGACCCAUGCAAGAAGAACGAGGUGAAAAGUAUGCAGCCAGGAGAUGUGUGCUGCUGGAUCUGUAUCCCCUGUCAGCCCUACCAGUACCUACAGGAUGAAUUCACCUGUGCUGACUGCACCUUUGGACAGUGGCCUCUGGCCAAUCUUACAGGCUGUUAUGACUUACCCGAGGAGUACAUCCGCUGGGAAGAUGCCUGGGCCAUCGGACCUGUUACCAUCUCCUGCCUGGGGAUGAUGAGUACGCUUUUUGUCAUCGGCCUGUUCCUGAAACAUAAUGAAACACCUGUAGUGAAGGCCAGUGGACGUGAACUGUCUUACAUUCUUCUGAUGGGAGUGCUGAUGUGUUAUUGCAUGACGUUCAUUUACAUAGCCAAACCUUCCACAGCGGUUUGCACACUGCGCCGCUUAGGGUUAGGCACCUCUUUUGCUGUAUGCUAUUCAGCCCUUCUAACCAAGACUAAUCGAAUUGCUCGUAUCUUCAGCGGAGUGAAAGACGGAGCUCAGAGGCCUCGAUUUAUCAGUCCAGCCUCCCAAGUUGCCAUUUGUGGGGCUCUGAUCUCCUGCCAGCUGGUAGUUGUGGUGAUUUGGCUACUGGUGGAAACUCCUGGCGUGAGAAAGGAAGUGAGCCCAGAGAGAAGAGACGUGGUCACCCUCAAGUGUAACAGCAAGGACUCCAGUAUGCUCUUGUCCCUCACUUACAACUGCAUACUCAUUAUCCUCUGCACAGUCUACGCCUUCAAGACCCGCAAAUGCCCUGAGAACUUCAACGAGGCCAAGUUCAUCGGAUUUACCAUGUACACCACCUGCAUCAUCUGGCUGGCUUUCCAACCUAUUUUCUACGUUACUGCCAGUGACUACAGGGUUCAGACGACAACCAUGUGCAUCUCUGUCAGUCUCAGUGGGUCGGUAGUGCUGGGUUGCCUUUUUGCUCCGAAGAUCCACAUCAUCUUGUUCCAGCCACAGAAGAAUGUCAGCACCCUCAGGGUGGCCACCACCCGCUUUAGUGUCAAUACUGGCCCGGCCUCCAGUUUUUCUCAAGCAUCAGCUUCCAACGUUGUUCCAACAGUGUGUAAUGGACGAGAGGUAGUGGACUCGACAACAUCAUCUUUGUGAAGAUCCACUGGGGCUUUUGGCUAACCGUUGUAAACAGUUAUAUAAUCACUAGUCCUGAAUCAGGUGUCUCAGAUAUUGAAGAGGUCAUGCAGAUGAUCGUCCUGACUUUGUUGUUCUCAAAGUGCUGUGAGUACAAUGUCCAAGUUUAAUUUUCUAUUUAGUUUGUUGACUCGUAGCAAUUUUACAUGAGAUGCCAAUGAAGUCAAAUAUAGCCCUUGUUUGUAAAGAUUCUACUUGCAACAAUGGAGUAAAUUAUAGUAAACCUGUUAAAUGUAUUAUAUACAAGACGUUUUUAAUGUAGAUUCUGGUGAACCAGUUUGUGCUUUCUUGUAAUUUAUGUAAAUAAAGUGUGUUUUUACAAAUACUAAAUCAAUGAAUGUCAGAGUGUUUCUUUGCAUGGCACGGUGAAACAUUUCUGAGGAUUAUGCAUAUGUGAAAAUGCUUUGAGAUUGUU